AGGUUUCCUGUGGCUUCCAUUACACACAACAAAGAACCACGCUCGAUUCUUUGGAAAAUGGAUCCUCCCUUAAUGAAGGGGUUUGUGUUUCUCUGGACUUUGGCUCUUUAUUUAUCAAGUUUUUCUGGAGUUUUUUCAUCUUAUUUAGAUAGUAGGGAUGUAGCCAACAGUUCCUUAUAUUCGACGCAAUUUUCCAACUCUUGUGCUUCUCAUAUUUUACUUUUAAGAGAAGAAAAUGAAAGGUUAAAGCAAGAGCUCGAUCUGUUCAAAUAUAAGAAUACUGAGCUUCAAUUAUAUGUCAACUCUUUAUCGGGUCAAUGUGGUAGCAUUCGCCGCUGUAAAUCAGAAGACAACUAUUAUGCAGAUGGUGAUGUUUGGUAUCCAGAUCCAUGUACGACUUGUAGAUGUGAGAUUGAUAAAGUUAACUGUUACACAUCUUUCCAUUCACCUUACUGUGAGUUGCAAUGCAAUGAAAAUACAUGUUUAAACGGUGGAGCGUGUAUGGGAUCACUAAACAGACAAUCCGUUCAGUGCAGCUGCCCCGAUGGAUUUUCCGGUCCUUUAUGCGAACAAACCAUAACAAGCUGCUCCCCUAUCCAAACAAAUAACCACUGCAACCACAGCCAGAGCAUCUGGUACUUUGACUCAUUAUCCAAUCAGUGUAAAUCAACAGUUUCAGGUUGUUUCGAACCUCGGUCGACAUUUUUAACGUUUGAGGAAUGUUCUACGACGUGUUUACAAGGUACUUGCUGCUAUCGAAUGAAGAUAGGUGAAAUUCCGGAUAUGAUCUGCCAGCCCGAAACAAUGAAGAAUUGUCAGCUCUUAUGUCAAGAUGACAACAUCGAAGUACUAGGUUUUUAUCCAGGGAUCAAAUGCCCAAAUGAAGGAUGUGGUAUGAUUGCAUCAAAAGUGUGCCAUACUGGAAUAUCUUUGUACAGUCCGGGAUCUACCUUUUCCUUUGGUUGUGAAACAUGCGAAUGUUUUGAUGAACAUAUUUCUUGCAGUUGCCGUAAUAUGAAUGUGAGAAAAGAAAUAAGAGAACUUAGUUAUUCAGAACGAAUUGAAUACCAGCGAGCAGUAGCUCAUCUUCAAGCUGGAGGCGAUAAAAGUAUCUGGACAUCUUUACGAAAUCUGUAUAUUACUCACAUCAUGCACGCCAAUUCACCGGAAUAUUUCCUAUUUUGGAAUAGAAAUUUCUUGAGAACGAUGGAGCAGCAUUUGCAAGAAUACAACUGUUCUAUUACUAUUCCUUAUUUUGAUUUCACUCUGGACGCAGGUAAUUUGUCUUCAUCAGUAGUGUGGCGACAAGAUUUCUUUGGAUCGCCCAAUCCAAAUGGAAGUUAUUGCCAAAAACAUUUCAUCCAUAAAAGUAAUACGCCUUGGACGCCUUGCAUCAAAAGAGAUAUCAAGGCCGAUAGCAAUGCUCCUACAAUGAUUGAUGUAGCUCUUGCUCUUUCUAAAUCAGAUUUCUUUGAAUUUACAUCUGCUCUUCAAGGAAUUGCUAAUUACAUGCAUAGCUUUAUGGGAGGCGAUAUGGAAACAACAAAUAGUCCGCACGAUCCGAUUUUCUAUUCUUUGCACGCUUUUAUCGAUUCAUUAUUUUGGAAAUGGCAACAGCGUCAUUCAGUGAAGAAGUUGAAAAAAUUUAAAAACAAAGUUUUAGAAGCGAAUUUGAUUCCCUUCAAUACAAAACAAAAGUUUCUGAUCAAUUCGGAGAAAGACUUGUGCGUAACUUACGCAUCAAUGGAAGAAUCUGAAAGAGAGAGAAACAGACAAGAAUUUCGUUCUGCUCGACCUCAAAGCAACAACCAUGCUGGCUGCUCUGGUGAAGAGUUUUCUCCCUUUACUGAAAGAUUAUGCGAUACAGAAAUGAAAUCUUUAGUUGAUACAGGUCACAGGAUCCAGACAGUACUUUACAAUCAAGAAGAAAGAUUUUUGAAAACAUUACCGAGAACUUGCCUUUCAUCUCAUGAUAUUCCGAAAACUUAUGUGAAUCAGAUAUGGAAUGUUCAGCCUGAUUAUUUUAAGCCGCAGUCGAAUUAUCAGUCCGUGGAUAUGAAAUCCGAAUGGUGCGAUCGCUUUUGUUUCCCAGCAGAUAUUUUUCUUCCACCGGAAUCGAAUGACUCAUUCGAAAUCACGCCAUGCUCGGGAAACCAGGUGCAAAUACCCAUCUGUGAAGAGUCGAUUCUUUUAAAAUGUCCUUACUACACUUUCGCUCCUUGCCGUCUGUCUUUGUGUGGGAAUUGUUCGCUGACAUGCCACGUGAAUAAUCAGGAUAUAGAAUGUAAAGAGUCUGAUAUCGACUUUUGCAGUCCUAAUCCAUGCAAGAAUGGUGGCACAUGUAAACCAUCUGAAUGGCCUUCCUUAUCUCAUCUUGUGUCUUGUGAUUGCCCUCCUGGUUUUGAAGGUGAAUACUGUGAAGAAAAAUCAACUCAACGAUGUUCAUUGCCGCUGAACCCGGGAAAAUUGAGUGGUUGCGGUCCACCAGAAAAACGAUGGUACUUCGAUUUCCAAAAUCAAGAAUGCUACUCUUUUAUGUAUCAUGGAUGUUCAGGGAAUGGUAAUAAUUUCCCUUCUUACUAUGAAUGUCGAAUUACCUGUAAAAUUGGCGCUUGUUGCUGGAGAACACCUCGAUUUCCGGGAAGAGUACCAGGUUUUAAUGCAGAUGGUUACGACAGGUAUGGAUUCUCAACCGAUGGAAGAUCUCGAAAUAACGAACUUCGAACAUUGGAAAAUGGCUUUGGUGGAGGUAGAGGAAUUUACCGCUACAAGAAUUUUGAUUACGAAGGAUAUGAUAGAACUGGUCAUAACAAGGAUGGUGUUGACAGAUAUGGAUACAAUACUGCUGGUUAUCAUUAUGUUACAAAAUUUAAUUUAAAAGGGUACAAUGUUUAUGGAGAUUACGAUGGCGUUAUCAAAUACGACACACUUGGUUAUGAUAAAGAUGGUUAUAACAGAGCUGGAUUUAAUUGUUUCGGAUAUACAGCAGAAGGUUGGGAUUAUUAUGGACUUAGCGCUGGAUGGCGUUACGACUGUCGAGCAAUGAAUCUGAAGGACUGCCAAAAGAUGGAAAAAGACUCGACAACCGUACAAGUUGUUGCUUUCAGUCCUGGCAAAAAGUGUGAAGAAGUGCAUUGCGAAGAACAAUGUGGAUGCAACUUUCUAAAGAAAUCUUAUUCCUUUAAAGAAACAUUUUCGUUGGGUUGCAGCAGUUGCGAAUGCACUGUUUCGGGUCGAAUAAGGUGUCCAUGUACCACAAUUAGUAUUCGUAAAGAGAUAAGGGAUAUGACACUAGAAGAAAUGAAGCGUUAUCAAAAUGCUGUUAAAGCCCUUGCUUUGCAAGAUAUUUGGCAAAAUUUAACGAAUUUAUAUCAGGAAUAUAUGCCUCAGUCUCGCGGAAAUUCUUUCUUCCUGCCAUGGAAUAGGUUUUUUCUUCGAUAUACCGAAAUGAGAUUGCAGGAAAUCGAUUGUUCUGUAACCAUUCCUUAUUUUGACUGGACUUUGGAUGUUGGAAGCAUGGAAACUUCUGUCGUGUGGCAAGCAAACUAUUUUGGUGGGAAUGGGGAUAAAACCCAGAACAAUUGCGUUAGAUAUCAUCCUUUUAAAAAUUAUUUCCCCUUAUUUUGGAAAAAUUGUUUACGAAGGGAAUUUAAUUCUUCAGUCUACUUUCCUAAUGCCGUCGAUAUAGAAAAAAUACUAAGAAUUCAGUCAUUUGAAAAGUUUAGUUCGCAACUAGAUACCAUCAGCGGACUGUUUCAUUUGUUUGUGGGUGGACAUAUGGCAUCCACGAAAUCUGCUUAUGAUCCGAUCUUUUUCUCUCAUUAUGCUUUCAUAGAUAAAAUUUGGUACGAUUGGACAUCUGAGAAUCCAAACAACAUAGCAAAAUUUCCAUCAAAACAUAGAUACACAUCUAUGGCUCCUUUUGCUGUAGCUCCUGAUGAUGUAUUAAGAUCUGAUGUCCAAUUAUGUGUAACCUACAAAGACAUCACUGAAGGAGCACCUUGUGUUGAUGGAUCUAGAAAUAACCUCAAUAAAUUUUCACAAAAUGUAUUGCCAAAUAUUUUUGAUACAAAUGGUUAUGAUACAGAAGGUUAUGAUGCUUUUGGAUAUGAUCGAAUGGGAUGGAAGAAAAGUGGAAUCUUCAGAGAUUCUUUUAAUAGAGAUGGAUUUGAUCUUGACGGAUAUGAUCGCAAUGGUUUCGAUCGCUAUGGUUUUGACAGAAGUAGAUGUAACCGUAAAGGCUUUUGCAUUUCUAGCAUAUUUCAUACCUCCACUGCUCAACCCGUUUCUUCUUCAUGGGAUGAAUUUAAUGAAUUAGGCUAUCGUUCUACUGGAUUUGAUUUUCAUGGAUAUGACGUAUAUGGAUUUGAUGCUAAUGGAUACGAUCGGAACAAUUGUUCCUAUUUUUUUAAAGGUCCGUUUUAUCCCUUAUUUAUGAAGAAUGCAAAGAAAGGAAUGAAAUCACUGCCUCCAAAUGAACUAGACAAAAUCAAAACACAUUGUCCUUACAUGUCUGAAUUACCAGAAUGGUGGGUGAAUCUGUACUGGUUAAAUAGAAAUUCAUCUGGAAAGUUAGUACAUUUUUCACCAUCAGUGGAUAACUCGUACUCACCGUUCUCAGCCAAUGGUGAUCUGUGGUUAGCUCCAACGCCGGAAGAGAGGUUUUGUUUUCAACUACAUCAUCAUUCGAAAUGUGAAUUAAAUAAACCUCCAGUGCCUUGUCCUUUUCAUACGUGCAGUAGUCAACUGUGUCCAACAUUGCCUAGUGCUCAAUGCCGAAAUUUCGGAUGUGGAUCUUGUGACGCUAAUUAUUUUAACGUCGUCACACAGAAAGCAACUACAUGCAAUAAAAAUGAUUGCAUUGCAGUAGAUGGAAAUGUCAAAGCUGAUGGAGAAGUAUGGGAAGAAGAGCUUUGCUACAGCUGUACUUGUCAGGCAGGGUUAGUUUCAUGUUCCUCUGUACAAUGCGAUACAGCUUGUGAUCAUCCAGUCACAACUCCAGGGUCAUGUUGCCCCGUCUGCGAUGGAUGUAUGAAAGAUGAAAUAAUUUAUGCCAAUGGAGAAAGUUUUAUUGAUCCUCAGAAUCCUUGCUUGAAAUGCAUUUGUAAAAGAGGAUCCGUAAUGUGCACAAUGGUAGAAUGUGCUCCAAUGAAACCUUGCAUGGAAAGUGCUCUUGUAACGCAACACGGAGAAUGCUGUCCAACCUGCUCUAUGUGUGGUCCACACCGUGAAGGAUCUCACUGGAUGGAAAGUCCUUGCCACAACUGCUCUUGCUAUGGGGGUAAUGUUCAUUGCAAUGUGAUAAAUUGUCCUCUUCUAACGUGUCAGUACCCAGCAAGAAGUAAUGGAGAAUGUUGUCGACAUUGUGAUGAUUGUGAAUAUCGAGGAAAUUAUGUGAAAAAUGGAGAGGCAUUCAGCCCGGAAGCUUGCGUUGAAUGCAGGUGUCAGAAAGGGAAUAUAGCUUGUCAAAAAAUCGACUGCUUUCAUCCCACUUGUACAGACCCUAGAUAUCGGUUCGAGCAAUGCUGCAGCCAUUGCCAAAAAGGUUGUCAAUAUGAUGGGAAAGAUUAUGAAGAUGGAAGUGUUUUUAAUCCAAGCUUCAAUCCAUGUCUGAACUGUUCUUGCGAGAAAGGGAUCGUUCGUUGCCAACCAGUGAAAUGCCCGGAUCCAGAAGAAACUUGUGAAAUUCCUGUUUUUCCUCCUGGUGGAUGUUGCCCUUACUGUCCAAAAUGUACAUAUAAUGGGAAAGAAUACACGAAUGGCCAAAGAUGGAGAAUUUCUAAUGCUACUUGUGAGGGAUGCGUUUGUUUGAAUGGUAUCGUAUCUUGUUCUGAUAAGGAAAGCUGCCCAGGACAAAAAUGUACUCAUGGGGUUGUACCUGCUGGAGAGUGUUGUUCUCCAUGCAUUGACUGUAAAUACAACAGUUACAUUGUCCACGACCAAAUGCAAUUUUCGCCACCAGACGAUCCUUGUGCACGGUGUAUGUGUCGAAAAGGGAAUAUCACCUGCGUAAGAGAAACGUGUCCUAAACUUCUCUGUAGCGCAACAGAGCUGCCAACUGGUGCUUGUUGUCCAGUAUGCAAAGGUUGUAAAAACAGUCUUGGCCAACCUGUUGAGCACGGUCAAAAGUGGAUCCACCAUUCCGAUGUCUGCCAGGAGUGCACUUGCAGAGAUGGAGUGAGCAAAUGCGACAGAAUUGCUUGUAAAAUCCCCUGCACGCAUCCCGUAAUGAGACCUGACGUUUGUUGCCCAGAAUGCAAUGGUUGUCAAGUUUUAGGAAAAAUCUACCAAAACAAUGCUGAAAUUCCUUCGAGUGAUGCUUGCCGAAAAUGUUAUUGUUACAAAGGGAAUAUGGAAUGCGAAUCUGUAAGUUGCCCUGCUAUGACCUGUGAAAAUCCGAAGAAAGAACCUGGAAGUUGCUGUCCUACUUGCAAAGAAUGUCAUUUUCAAGGCAUUAUUGCUAAAGAUGGAGAAACAUUUCAACCACAGUCAGAUUCUUGCUAUUCUUGCACAUGUGAUAAAGGUGCUGUAUACUGUGAACGACGGAAUGAUCGCUGCAAUCCUCAGUGCACGAAUCCCAUUAAACUUCCCGGUCAGUGCUGUCCAGUAUGCGACGGUUGUGAAUAUGAAAAUAAAGAUUAUAAAAACAGAGAGCGCUUCACACCAAAUCCAGAUGAGCCUUGCUUGCAGUGCGAAUGUUCAAACGGGAAUGUCCGAUGUUUUCAACAGCAAUGUCCAAAGCUCAGUUGUCGGAAUCCUCAGAAGAUCGGAAAUAAAUGCUGCGAAGAAUGUGUCGAAUAUUGUGUGGAUGGAAACAACAAAGAGAAGAUUUAUCAAGAAGGCGAAGUUUGGUUGUCACCUGAAAAUGAGUGCAAUAUUUGUACUUGCAAGGAUUCCAUGGUUCAAUGUCGACGUGCAGAUUGUCCAACUACACAUUGCCAACAUCCAGCUGCUCCUUUUGGAGUUUGCUGUCCUGAAUGUGAACACUGCGAAUUUACGCAUAGACUAUACAGAAAUGGUCAAGAAUUUACGCAUGAAGAGGAUCCAUGUCAAGUAUGCAGGUGUGAGAAUGGAACCGUAUCCUGCGACACUAUUCUUUGUGAUCCACUGCCGUGCAUGCAUCCUGAAGAACUGAAAGGAAUUUGUUGUCCUAUAUGUGUUCCAGAUGUGAAAUGCCGCCACGGUGGGAAAGUGUAUGACGCUUGGGAAAAUUUUUUGGAUCCUGAUAAUCCCUGCAGUGAAUGCGUAUGUGUUGAUGGAAUGGCCAGUUGUCAUCCUGUUCUUUGUCUAAAUACGGAAUGCCCAAAUCCACAGUUUGGACACUGCUGUGAGUCGUGUGAUGGUUGCUCUUACGGAGAUAAGAACUACAUCAACCACGUUUCCUUUAGUGAUCCACUCAAUCCAUGCCGAAGUUGCCAAUGUGAAAGUGGAGCUGUUUCAUGCCAACAAUCUCCUUGUCCUCCAGUGGAAUGUGAAAAUCCAAUAUAUAUGGAGGGAGAAUGUUGUCCCAUUUGUCGAGAUUGCAUGUUCAAAGGAAGCUUCUACAAAGAUGGAGACACUUUCCAAGACCCGGACGAUAAUUGCAAUGAAUGCUAUUGUCAGUAUCCUGAAGUUGUUUGUCAGAAGAGAGGUUGCUCAGAUGGUGGCUGUGUUGACGUUAUGAAUUCUGGUUGCAAUGAAAUGGGAGCAGAAUGCCAUUUCUAUGACGAAAUUCAUGAAUCGGGAACAGUUUUCACUCAUCCCGAAAACCCUUGUGAAGUUUGUAGCUGUCAGAAUGGUAUGGUAACUUGUUUCGAGCAGCAUUGUCCUGUAGUCCGAUGCUCCCACCCAGUUCAAACAAACUGUUGCUCAGUUUGCUCAGAAGGGUGUUCAUUUGAAGGAUCUGUUUACAAAGAAUGGCAUGUAUUCCCAGAUCCAAGCAAUUCUUGUCAGGAAUGUGUUUGCCAAAGUGGAAAUGUUACCUGCAAACAAAAGCAAUGUCCAUCAGCAAACUGUAAAUAUCCGACAAUGGACGGCUGCUGUCCUAUAUGCAGAGAUUGUUUAUACAAAAGUGAGCUCAUUCAAAAUGGACAAAGUGUUCCUUCAAGUAAUGCAGAUAAUUGUGAUCUAUGCUUUUGUUACGAUGGAAAUAUAGAAUGCAAGCCUAAACCUUGUGCUACAGCUCAUUGUUCAAGCCCAGUGAUCAAGGAUUGUUGUCCUACUUGUGAUUCUGGUUGUUUUUAUAAUAACAAGACUUAUGAGCCAGGUGAGAAAUUUGCAGAUACAGAAAAUCCUUGUGAAGUAUGUAUUUGUGAAGGAGGAAAUAUUCGGUGCAUGCCAAAGCAGUGCCCUCCAACGAAUUGUUCAAAUCCAGUUGUCCACGAAUGCUGCCCAUCUUGCGAUACAGGUUGCAUGUUUGAAGACCAGUAUUAUGAAAUUGGAGCCAAAAUUGAUUACCCUAAUCGUCCGUGUGAUCUCUGCACUUGCAUAGCUGGUACUGUUCAGUGUAAUCCUAAGCCUUGUGGGAGUGUUAAUUGUUCUCAUCCUGUUAUUAAGAACUGCUGUCCAGCCUGUGAUUCUGGUUGUUUGCUCGACAGAAAAAUAUUUUAUAACGGAGAAAUAUUCAGUGAUCCUUCUAAACCUUGCCAGACUUGUACUUGUGUCAAAGGAAACAUUGAUUGCAAGCCUAAAUCUUGUGAUGUGGUUUAUUGUUCUAAUCCAGUUAUUGAAAACUGCUGUCCUGUGUGUGAUUUAGGUUGUUUGUAUGAAGGAAAAGUUUACGACUUUGGGGCAGAAUUCGAUGAUCCAGCAGACCCAUGUUCAGAAUGUGCCUGCAUGAAAGGAACAGUAUACUGUGAUAAAAAACCUUGCGACGCACCCGAAUGUGUCAAUAUCAUAACAGAUGAAGAGCACUGUUGUCCUUAUUGUCCUGAUUUCUGUGACUAUAAUGGAGAAAGGCACGAACUUGACACUAUAUUUCCUCAUAAAACAGAUAUCUGCAAAGAAUGUGCUUGUCUGAAUGGCGAUGUCCAAUGUGAAGAGAAAAUCUGUCCUGAUACUCAUUGCCUGCAUCCAGCUCCAGGACAAUGCUGCUUAGAGUGCUUAAACUGUCAAUUCCAUGAAAGAAUUUACAUAGAUAAUACAACUUUUACGAACCCGGAAAAUUCUUGUGAAACAUGCUUUUGUUCGAAAGGACAGGUAGCAUGUGAAAAGUUCCCGUGUGUACAGUGUCUCCAUCCUAUUUUAAAUGAUUCAAAUUGUUGUCCUGUAUGCGAUGGAUGCUUCUAUGCAGGACUUAAUAUUACCAAUCAGCAACGUUUUCUUUCUCCAGGAGACCCAUGCGAAGAAUGCAUUUGUAAGAAUGGUACUGUUACUUGCCACAAAUUAGCUUGCAGUCUUCCUGCAUGUGCUAAUCCAGUGAUGUUACCCGGAGUCUGCUGUCCAGUUUGCCCAGGAUGUACAGUUUCUGGCAUUCAAUUUGAGGAAAAUAAGGAAUUUACUCAUCCAGAUGACGUAUGCGAAAAAUGCUUGUGCAAGGACGGCCACGUUGCAUGUAAUAGGCAGAUUUGCGAAAGGAACUGCACUCAUCCAACUCCUGAUCCUUGCUGUCCCAUUUGUAAUGACUGUUUGUUUGAAACAGUCAAAUACUCCAAUGGUGAACGUUUCAAUCCCGAUUCAUGUAGAAGUUGUGAAUGUAAGGAUGGAAACGUCGUAUGCACCUCUGAAAUUUGUCUUGAAUUGAACUGCCAAUUAAGAGUUCGUUUGCCUGGACAAUGUUGUGAAGUUUGCAGAGGUUGUGUUUAUGAAGGAACUGAAUAUGAGAACGAUGCAACGUGGAUUUCACCGCACAAUCCAUGCUUAUCUUGUAAAUGCACAGGUGGAACAGUAUCAUGUAAAAACAUCGUUUGUCCAGUAGAAUGUGUGGAGCCAAUACCCGUUCCUGGACGCUGUUGUCCUGUCUGCCCAGAAUGUGAAAGAGAUGGAGUGAAGUACAAGUCCGGAGAACGUUUCUCACCUCCUUCUCGCCCUUGUGACUCUUGUACUUGUGAUUCAGGACACAUAUUUUGUAUUCGGCAUGAGUGUCCUGUCCUUAUCGACUGCCCAGAGGAAUCUAUUCGACCACCCAGCGAAGGAGAGUGUUGUCCAACUUGUGCAGCCUUUGGUUCCGUUUGUACGCGUGAUCAGAUUGGUCAAUUAUUUCAUCCUUAUCCUGAUCCAUGUUUUGUCUGCCAGUGUUCGGAAAACUUUAUGUGGGUAUGCUCAAAAGAAUUUUGUCCGCCUCUGAACUGCCCUGCUGAGGAAAUCCUGAAAAGCGACAAAGAAUGCUGCCCCAAGUGCGGAGUCUGCAUCUCUGAGGGAAAUGAAAUUCAUUUGCAUGGAGAUUCAUGGGCAACUCAUAAUGAUCCUUGCAAUGUCUGUUCCUGUGACUAUGGUUCAAUUCAUUGCAACAGGACCAUUUGCUCCGAAAUCAACUGUAGAGGGGAGGAAAUUGCAUUCAGAGCUCCCGGAGAAUGUUGUUCUAUUUGUAUUUCUUCAACAGACUUGUCAUGUGAUUAUGGAGGCGCUUAUUAUGAAAAUGGACAAAGCUGGAAGCCUGACCCAUGCACGACUUGCCUCUGCACCCAGGGAAAGAUGCACUGCCAUAAUGAACGAUGCAUUCCUUUGGACUGUACUUCGGAUGAAAUACUUUCAGUUGAUCCCGGGCAAUGCUGUCCAAAAUGCAUUCCUCGUCCAGCUACUUGCCUUGCCUUUGGAGAUCCUCACUACCGCACAUUUGAUGGGGCCAGUAUAAGUUUUCAAGGAACAUGCCGCUACGUUUUAACCGCUGACUGUUCAACACAAAAGUUUACAAUUGUAGUUGAAAAUAAUGACAGAGGUUUCGAUGGAGUUUCAUGGACGCAUAGAGUAGUAGUCGUAUUACAAAACGCUUCGGUAGAUCUACGUUCUGGACCUAUGGUUUAUGUGAAAGGAAAGCACAUCGAACACUUACCAUAUUUUGAAGAUCCAGUCCUAUAUGUAGAGAAAACGGGACGCUCUGUUUUAGUUACAACUGAUGUUGGAGUACAGGUUCUUUGGAAUGGCGACGGUUAUGUGGAAGUGACGGUUUCAGGAAUUUACAGAGGUAAAACUUGUGGAUUAUGCGGAAACUUUAAUAAUUUUCCUGAAGAUGAUAUGAGGACGCCUUCCAAUCAAACUGUUACGUCGGAAGCUAAAUUUGGUAACAGCUGGAAAUAUGGGGAUGUUCAGCCAGGUGGUUGCACAGAAUCUGUUGACAUCGAUCCAUGUUCGAAGGGAGGAUACAGAAUUCGAAAAAUUGCAAAUACUAAAUGCUCAAUAUUGAAACAAAGUUUAUUCGCUCCUUGCCAUCAAUUCAUUCGCCCUGAGCCUUUCUUUGCUGCUUGUGUAUACGACGUCUGUGCCUGUUCCGAAAACGACGAUUGUCUCUGUGAUAUUUUGAAUACCUAUUCGAAAGAGUGUUUCAAAGCUGGUGUGAUACUAAAUUGGAGAACAGAAGGAUUGUGUGGCAUCCAUUGUUCUGGCGAAGAAGGGUUGGUAUUUGAUGAGUGUGGUCCUCCUUGCCCUCGAACCUGUGAGAACAGAAAUUUACCCAUUGGAAUUAUAGCAUCUCAGUGUUUUAAACCGUGUGUGCCUGGUUGCCAAUGUUCAGCAGACAAAGUUCUUCAUAAUGGGCGAUGUAUUCGACCUGAAUUUUGUCCUUAAACUUUGCAUAUUCAUUAAUUUGAUGUAAAUAAUAAAGUCAUUUUCUCCUCUCAUAAAA